CCUCUAGGGGAAAAUCACGCAGUAAUGUUAAAAUUAGGCACCAGAAAGCAGUGGGUACAGGGGUAGUUCUUAAAACCGAGUUCUGCAUGGGAGAUAUUUUGUCCUUGUACUUAACUUCAUUUGAUUUUAAAUAAUAGUAGACAAGGGAACAACGACAAUGGGAUCUGAAGACGACAGCGCAAAAAGGAAUGAAGUAUUUAGAUCUAAAGUCCUGAAGACAAUAUACCCAAAAGGAGGAGGCACAGACCCAGUCCUGUCUGACAGUGAUGAAGAUAUACAUGUACCCACUCAAAUACAAAUUCUGCAACCCAAGAAGUCAAAGAUAUACACAGUGACUCCUCCUCCAGAGGGUUUUGACCAUGAAGAUGCCACUCAUGUGAUGCAGCAAGAUUCUGAGUCUUUAGAUAAUGCCAGUGGCAGUGAAGGGGACGGUACUACACAGUAUAAAAGAAGAAAAAGGAAAAGACAUGGCAAACCAUUUCAUGCAAGGGAACAACCAGUUGUCUCCACUGCUGAAGGAAUGGAUCCUGCCAGCCCUACAAAAACAAACUGCGGAAACAAAGUGGAUUCAAAUAAGUCUGAUGCUUGUAAGGAUUCUAAUCUUGAUGAUGAUUUAAAAAGUACUACAAGAAUUCCAAACACUCACAAUCUUACAAAGAAUCAAAAACGGAAAUUAAAGAAAAAAAGAAGGAAAGAAAAAGUAAAGGGAAAGGAGCUGGAUGUAUUAAGCAAAGACUUCACUUAUGACUCCGAAAGGCAUCAAGUCAAAUGUGAAGAAUUACAAAGAGAAAAGAUGUUGGUUUGCCGAGAGAGUUUAAAAGAAUUUCUGUCCAACUUAUGGGAAGUGUAUUCCUCUGAAGUUCAAAUACAGAGUGAUACUACUACUUAUUGCAAGUUUAAAGAUCCAGUAACGAAAUUUCUUCAGUCAAUUGAUGAGACAUUAUUAUCAGACAGUGAUGUGAGUUAUCUUGACAGAAUCAAGACUGUCCUCUUAUUGAAAGAUAGAGAAAGAUUUGGAUUGCUUAUGAAGGAUUGGAGAGAACAUUCUAAGGUGGAAAUAGAAUUUGUCCAUGCUGUUUGUAAACUUUCGGAGUAUUGGCUAUCGUCAGUGGUGACUUCAUGACAAAUCUUGCACCUUGGGGGCAGUCAGCAAAAGAGACUGUUGAUGUUCAUGAGAAUAUAGAACAGCAUGCGAGAGUAAUGGACCUAAACGUGGAAACAUAGGGUCAGGAUCUGUUGAAAAAAAAAAAAAAAGGGUGGAUGCACCACCGAAGAAACUCAAGAACAGUUAAUAACCUGGCAUUGUAUAGAUUGAAAAAAUUAAAUCAUUAUUUUUCUGUCAAUACUGUUUAUAUUGUUAGACCAUUCCUUGAAUUAUCCAAGAAAUACUGCAUGAGCCUUCAAGGCUGAAAUUGUUUACAAUUUUCUUGAACUUUUAUUAUUAGUCCAAGUAUGAAAUAAUGAAAUGUAUUGACAUUCAAGUUUGCCACAGUGUGCAACAAACCAAUUUUGAAAGGAUUUUAAAGUAAGGGACAUACAGUUUGAAAGAAUUUUGAACGCUUUUUGAAAAUAAAACUGGAUUCGUUAAAAAUAAAUGUUGCUGUUCAUGUGUACACUGUUCAGUAUACCCGGGGCAUUUUGUUAGAACCACAGAUUGACGAAAUUGCAUCGAAGCCUUGGAAAAUAGUUUUUAUGGAGUAUUUUCUGUUGAAUCACUUUUACUUAGGUAUUACGGGUCAGAGAUAAUGUUUGAACGUUCAAUCAUUGCAGUCUAAGGGUGCAUUCCCAGAGGUUU